AUCCCGCUGCCCACCGCUGCCCGUGUGCCACCGAGGAUGGAGGCCAUCAAGAAGAAGAUGCAGAUGCUGAAGCUGGACAAGGAAAACGCCCUGGACCGGGCAGAGCAGGCGGAGGCUGAGCAGAAGCAGGCGGAGGAGCGGAGCAAGCAGCUGGAGGAUGAGCUAGCUGCCAUGCAGAAGAAGCUAAAGGGGACAGAGGAUGAACUGGACAAAUACUCUGAGGCCCUGAAAGACGCCCAGGAGAAGCUGGAGCUGGCAGAGAAGAAGGCGGCGGACGCUGAGGCAGAAGUGGCAUCUCUGAAUCGCCGUAUCCAGCUGGUAGAGGAGGAGUUGGACCGAGCUCAGGAGCGCCUUGCCACAGCUCUGCAGAAGCUGGAAGAGGCAGAGAAGGCGGCAGAUGAGAGCGAAAGAGGCAUGAAAGUCAUUGAAAACAGAGCUCUGAAGGAUGAAGAGAAGAUGGAACUGCAGGAAAUCCAGCUCAAAGAAGCCAAGCACAUUGCAGAGGAGGCAGACAGGAAGUAUGAGGAGGUUGCUCGGAAACUGGUGAUCAUUGAAGGGGAUCUGGAGCGUACUGAAGAGAGAGCUGAGCUUGCAGAGUCUCAUUGCCGGGAGCUGCAGGAGCAGAUCAGAGUGAUGGACCAGAACUUGAAGUGUCUGUCUGUUGCCGAAGAAAAGUACUCUCAAAAAGAGGAUAAAUAUGAAGAAGAGAUCAAGAUUCUGACUGAUAAACUCAAAGAGGCGGAGACCCGUGCUGAAUUUGCUGAACGCUCUGUAGCCAAGCUGGAGAAGACCAUUGAUGAUCUGGAAGAUAAACUGAAAUCCACCAAAGAGGAGCAUCUCUGCACGCAAAGAAUGCUGGACCAGACCCUGCUAGACCUGAAUGAGAUGUAAUGGAUCCCUGCCACUGCCUCUGCCUUGCGGUGCCAGCCCAGCUGCUGCUGCCCUCUAACCCUGGGACCAGAGUUUACUUUCUGUUGCCAACUUGACCAAACACAAAUCUCCUUUGUUCCAGGGUUAAAGGCCACCAGGUUGGGCAGAGCUUCAAACAGCAUCAUUAAGGGAAGUAAACAAUGCAAUAAUGUUUGGAGAGCAUGUUUGAGAUGUACACAUUUUGUAACUACCUUUUUUUGUAGCGACCAUUAUAAACAUUCCAAAUAACGUGUGAGGCUGGUGAGCUACACUUCAGAGCUCUUGGCUUUAGAACUUGGUAUUAGCCUUGUGUUAAUCAGCUCUGGGCCACCCUGCUUUGGCAGGGCAGGAAACGGAUAUGAUGGUUCUGUGAGUCAGAGUAGCCAGGCUAGGGUGACAGCCUGUUGAGAGAACUUCCUUUUCCAGGAGCUGUUUGCCAAAAGCACAGUUCAGUUUUUCAGCUUUAAGGUAGCUCUAUGUUGGGAAGGAACAACUUGGGUGAAAGGUGUCUUUUUUGGGGGGUUGUUUUUUUUUUUUUCCUUAAGCCAAGCCAGUCAUAUGAACAAUUGAACCAAUUGAACCUUCACAGGGAUUGUGUCCCUUCCCCUCCACACCUGAAGGGCUUAGAGAAGUCCCUGUCCCUGUAACCCAUUCCUACCCUGGAGCUGACUUUGCCUUCACUAAGUGCUGAUGCACCAAGCUUCACUGCUCAUCACUGGGUUACACUUAACAACUUAAGUACAACAGCCUUGUGUCCUUGGAGAAGUGUUUUUGCCUACCUGGAGGGAGGGAGCCAAGCCUUCCCUCCUGCCCAGGACUGCUCUUAUUGUCUUAAUUGAGUCCAAGCCAUGUCGCUGUGCAUUGCUGAUGUGUCGUGUUGUGAGGCGUGAGCGUGGCGACGUCACGCUCGCAGCGUGUAGCUUGUGGUUUGAGCAUGCUGCCUGGUUGUAGCAGUUUUUGGGGCCAAUCUGGAGACAAAAACCAUAUCCAGUGUUUUGAUACUAAAUUGAAAAAUUGUGUUACUGUCUUUUGAAAUAAAAACUGAUCCCUCCACA